AUGGUAGAAAGUUGGAAAAUUCAUGAAGGAAAAGAAAUUGAUGUGUUUGAAGAAUUUAGGUUGUACACUUCAGAAGUGAUUUCAAGGACAGCAUUUGGCAGCAGCUACUUUGAAGGCCAGACCAUUUUUGAGAAACUGUCGAAGUUAUACGACUUAAUUAUCAGAACUUAUCUCAUAGUCAGGAUUCCUGGCAUAAGCAAAGUUUUUAGGAACAGUGAUGACAUUGAAACAGACGAGCUUGAGAAAGGAAUACGCGACUCCAUAUUGAAGAUUGUUAAGAAAAGAGAAAUGGAAGCAAUCCUUGGAGAAGACAAGAGUAUUGGGAAUGAUUUUCUAGGAUUGCUUUUAGAGGCUCAUCAUGGUUCUAAUGUCAAACAGCGGAUUUCGAUUGAUGAGUUGGUUGAGGAAUGCAGGACAUUUUACUUUGCUGGACAAGAGACUACUAAUUCUGUACUUUCUUGGAUUAUCCUACUUCUGGCACAACACCCCUAUUGGCAAGAGGAAGCAAGAAAAGAGGUGCUGCAGUUGUUUGGCAAACAGACACCAAACUACGAUGGCCUUGCCAAACUCAAAACAAUGAGUAUGAUCAUGAAUGAGACGCCAAGGUUAUAUCCACCUGCUGUUUUGAUUGUAAGGAAAGUUGCAAGGGAAGUUAGACUGGGAAAUCUCCUACUUCCUGCUAAUAUGGAGUUGCUUGUGCCACCUCUGGCACUUCACCAUGAAGCUCAGUUCUGGGGACAAGAUGCCGGUUUGUUCAAACCAGAUCGAUUCUCGGAAGGGGUUGGGAAAGCCACCAACGAUAACAUGGCUGCGUUCAUGCCCUUUGGAAUGGGACCUAGAAUGUGUGUGGGAUUCAACUUUGCAACCACUGAAAUAAAGAUUGCUCUGUCAAUGAUUCUGCAACGCUACUCAUUUACACUGUCUCCGGGUUAUGUCCACUCGCCUUUUCAGUUUAUGACCCUUCGGCCACAACACGGAGUUCAAAUAAUACUACAGUCACUCUGA